CAAUAAAAAGUGGUUCCACGAGGUUAACAUUUCGGUAACUAUACCCCUCGCCUACCCGAGAGAGCGCGCACGCACUCUCACACAUACCCUCAUCCAUCAGCGCUCACACACUCUCAUUAACAUUAUAACCAAGACGAACUGACUACUACGAAUACUACGACUACUACUACUACUACUACUAUAUAAUAUUACUAUACUCCGCCGAAAAAAACUGCACGGGAGAGGCGCAGCAAACCGAACCGCGCGCGAAUCAAGUGCUUUGGCCAGUCGCGUUCCCAAUCACUCUACGACUAGGUAGUCCCGGUGUCCAAACGUCUGCUGGUGUCGUGUCAUCAUCCCGCAGUUACACAUCCGCGAACCCUCUAAUCCGGUCCCGUCCUCGGUGUCAUCGGGGAUUUAAUUCUCAACAAUUUUUGGGAAAUGCAAUUAGUGCUUUGAUCAUUUGUCAAGGACAAGAACUUUUUGCCAGUGGUACCCAAGGAUCAGUGUUGAAUUAGGCGAUUGUCGCGCGAUGGACCUAUUAAUUGAGAAACAUCCGGAAAAGUUGUCCCGAGAUUUAAGCAUUUAAACUGGAGGGGAAGAAUCAAGGGACGUUCCACGUGACGUCCACUUUGAUAAACUUGUUUAAUAAAUAUAUCUCGAUAUCAUCUUCAUCAUCAUCAGCAAAUUUUAAGAUCAACCGGGACUUGAGAGUGGCCGCGGAAGGACGACCGAGACUUUGCACCAACUAUCAAGGUGAAUAGACAUAACGAUGGUAGAUACGCAACACUUUUGUCUGCGAUGGAAUAACUACCAGAGCAGCAUUACGUCGGCAUUCGAGAACCUGCGAGAUGACGAGGAUUUCGUGGACGUCACGUUGGCCUGCGAUGGCAAAAGUCUCAAGGCACAUCGCGUUGUUCUCUCAGCCUGCAGUCCUUACUUUCGAGAGCUACUUAAGAGCACACCGUGUAAACACCCGGUGAUAGUACUACAAGAUGUAGCAUUCAGCGAUUUGCAUGCCUUGGUGGAAUUUAUCUACCACGGGGAAGUAAAUGUACAUCAACGCUCUCUUAGUAGCUUUCUUAAAACGGCCGAAGUCCUCAGGGUGUCAGGACUUACGCAACAGGCCGAUCAAACUGACAGGGAUGAGCUCUCGCAUGUUCGUGCGCUGGCUGCCGGUGGCAAUCACAUACCUCCGCAUGAAAAAUCGUCCUACGAAGGUUUCCCUCGAGCGGGCUCGCCAUCAACUCCUGUAACCCCAACACCGACAACAGUACAACAAUUGCUGCGCAGGGCGCAGAUACGUAGAAACGAAAGGCAUACCCCAGAUCCACACGAAGACAGUGUAAAGAGACCCAGGAUAUUAUCGCCACCACUUAAUAAUAAUGAUGCGACGCCCACGGAUUUUUCAAUGGUGAAAAAUCAUUUAUCGAAUAAAAUAGAAGGAAAUGGAAUUCAUGAGGAAAAUAGUCCUGUUGAAGAUUCGAUAAAAUGUGAGCCCCUUGAAUUGACUGGUGGCAACGGUGGGAAUGGUCCCAAUAAUGAAGAUUCAUCGGAUUCUGGAGCGGCAGCGUCGGAUCGACCCCCUGCAUCGGCGAGUAGCAAUGAACAUGAACCUGAACCUGAACAUCCUCCAACGCCAAAUUUUAUGCCCGAGAGUAAAUUAUUUACCUCGACGCCAGGAAGCUUCAAUUUCAGUAUGGCUGCACUCACCACUGACCAUUCACCAUUGUCAGUAGUAAAAUUUCCAGGUUUGGGUCACGGGUUACAAACUCCAGACUUGGCAGGCACUUCGCAAGGUACGGGCAAUGGGAUGCAUCCCGCACCGACGAAGCUUCCCUCUGCCGUGUACCGGAUGCCACCACCGACGGCCGGUGGCAUAAACGAGCCUCAGGAAUGUCCUUACUGCCGACGUACUUUCUCCUGCUACUACUCGCUAAAACGUCAUUUUCAGGACAAGCACGAGCAAUCGGAUACCCUCUAUGUGUGUGAAUUCUGCCAACGCAGAUAUCGCACGAAAAAUUCACUGACUACGCACAAGAGUCUCCAGCAUCGGGGCACCAGUGGGAUGCUGAAAAGGUUGCUCAAGACCUCGGCCAUCAACAAUGUCCUUGGCAACAUGCAACACGUGCAACUACAACAACAACCCCAAUGAAAAUGGUGGUAUCAUCAUGGUCCCACUCAUCAUUAUCAUCAUCAUCAUUAUCACCACCAUCAUCAGUAUCGUAAUCAGUAUCAUUCUUACCGUCGUCAUUUACAGCGGUAAUUCUUUGAGUAGGCCAUGAUAGACCAGUUGUACGAAAAAGUCACUCCAAUCGACUUUUUCGACUAUGGCCUCACCUCGUCGGCUCCAGAUCAUCGAAUCUGCGAUUACGUCUUUUCGUUCUUCGAUUAUAACAUUUCGUCAAGACUGCUUUUAAUCCAAAGAAGAGGGAGCCAUCAAACAUGUAGCAAGCUUAUUAUUUUAAGAGUCAAAUUGCAAUUAGCAACAUUCCAUAUUAAAAUUUAAUUCUUGGCCAUAUAUCAAUUAUUGUACAGGAUAUGCACGCUUUUCAAAUCAAAGAUAAUCUCUAGUUCUUUGGCUUAAGGAGACCUACGUCGCGAAUUAGAUUUAUUGAAAAAAAAAAAAAAUGGCACGACUGACAAAUUAUUAUUAUUAUUAUUAUUAUAAUUAUUAUUAUACUAUUAAGUGCAAAUUACAGAGAGCAUACCAAAGUUUUGGUAGACUGAGUGAUUGGUAGGUCAAAAAAAAAAUUUUCGAAAAAAAGAAAUUCAGCGUGAAUAUCUUGUACUGGAGAAAAAUGCCAAAUUGAAAAUUGUGCAUCUUUCUCUAUAAAUGCGAUUCAGUUAAACAUUUCUAAAAUAAUAUUGUCCAAAAAAAUCUUUUGCUGAAACAAUCGCAGAAACUCGUGAUAAAAUUUUUUAAAACUAUUUUUUUAAAUUUGGAAAAAAAAAAAGUUUUUCUAAUAACGUGAUUGCCCAAACCGACAAUCGAGGUCAUGGUGCAGAGAAGGAGAAUAUAUAAAUAAAUGUAAAAAAAAAGAAAAGACGAGCGUGAAUCAAUGCUCGCGUAUUACAGUAUAUGUAUAUGUGUGUAUAAAAAAAAACGCAUAAAAGAAAUGCAUUGUGUGCACGAUGGGAGCAUAGUGUAAACAAUAUACAUAUUAUUUUAGUAAAGUCAAGAUUACGAAAGAAGGGGGGGAAAUUAAUAAAAAGAAACAAAAUUAGGCAAUACUAUUCAUUAUCUUAGGCCUAAAUGAAAUUCAAUUACAAAAUCUGAUAUGCUCAAAUUCAACAAAGUCUCACAAAUCCAAUACAAGAAAAAAGAAUCGUUAGCAUUGGAUAGGAUUUUUGGGAGGGUGAUAAAAUGGGUGGGAUGGGGGUGGGAGUGUAUAAAAAAUAUAAAAAUUUGGGUUUUUUGAUGAUGAUGAUGAUUUAAAAAAAAAGUAUGGUGUAUAGGUCCAUUGCGCGCGAAAAUUACAGACUAUAUUUUUAACUCUUUAAAAGUAAUAUUUUGAACUGUAUAUAUACAUAAUUAUAUAUUCCUACGAUACUAACGCGAAACGAUAUUCUCUCGUUCAGGUUUUAUAAGUGAAACUUCUUGACCUUAUAGUUAAAUCACAAAAACGAGUCGAACUAUGAAAAAUUUCGCUACCUUUUAUUGUAGAAUAUUUCAAAAACUUUCAAAUUAAUUGUUUUAUAUUUAAUCAAUACAAAAGUUUUGCAUAUUUUUUUAUUGACAUUUAAUUGAAAAUGUUUGUCUAUUUCCUACGUACUCUCUAAUUUUGUAUCAUUAAAAAAAAAAAACUUGAUUUAAUUCAAUUAAACAGUUCACUGAAUGAAAUGAAACUGAUUUAGAAAGUACGAUUAACAUUAUUUAAAUUUUAAACGAAAGCUCAAAAUUUAAAUUUUCACUUAAAUGUAGAAUGUCUAUUUAUACCCUUCGAUGUGUUUCUUUUAAAUAUCAUUUGAUUUUAAAAGAUUAAAAAGAAAUAUAUAUAUUAGAAUAUUUUCCACAGUUCGAUUUAGUGAAAAUUCAUCCGUACAAGUGAAAAAACUCUAAAGUUGUUCACGGUAACAUAUUCAGGUUUAAAUCUCAGAGUAGAAGGGAGUAAAAAAAAAAUGCAGAAAUUGAUGUUUUAUCACUUAAGCGCAAGGAAAAUGCCAUUACAUAUAUACUAUAACUAAAACAUAACGUGGAGCAAGUACAAAUUAAUGACGAAAAGGUAGAACAGAGUUACAUCUAUCCUCUAUCGUAUAUAUGUACGUUUCGUAUAUAGAGUCAGAGAAAAAUUUUGAGAUAGUUGAGAGUAUAAAUGACGUCUUUUGAAAAAAAAAAAAAAAAAAAAAAAAUGCCUGCGACGCAAUGUUCGCUCGAAAAAAGGAGUAAAAAAUUUAUUUAGAAAAAUCCAAAACUUCUUCGGACAUAUCUCUAAGCACGAAGUAUACCGUGAAAAUUAUACGAUUCUAGCAUAUAUUAGUAGUCUUCAUAAGCGGUGUCAAAACUCAAAGAAUUUCGUUAAGGUAUAAUAUUUAUGUAUAUUAUAAAAAAAAAAAAAAAAAUAAUAUCGUCAAUGCAAAUGUCUCGUGCAUAAUGUGGAAAAAAAGGCGCGGUCAUUAAUUAAAAGUGAGACGUUGUAUUUGUAUAUUAUUCUUAAAUUAUUUCUUUCGGACUCCAAUCGUUAAUGAACGAGGGAACAAUACAUUUGCUAGUGAAAUUGUACCUAGUCAUUUUCGGGAAUUCUGGUGAUUCUGUGAUAUAUUUGGUGAGAAAGGCAAAUCUAUGAGUGUAACGGGGGGAGGGGGUAAAAAAAAAAAAAGAAAAAAAAAAUUAGUCCCGCAUACAUUCCACAUUAUGACGACAGGCGCAUAGUUCUAUGUAUGUAAAAUUAUGUGAAUUGGCUCUAAAAUAAUAUUGGGAAAUUCUGUGAUGUUCUUCAGUUUUGUAUACUAAAGGAAGAAUACUGAAGUUGUUUAAAAGAAAAAAAAAAAAAAAAAAAAAACGUAUACGGAAUUACGUCGAUGUUUAGUGUUGUACAAAUUUUAAAACGACUGCACAAAAAGAUCUUCCGACGGCUAAAAAAAAGUGUACGUUGGAAAUCACAAAAAAGAAAUCAAGACAACCGAUUCUGCUGAUGAAAAAGAUAUUUUCUUUAUAUUUUAUUGGAAAACUUUUCGACUGAGUAUAAAUUACAACGAACUCGCUUAUAUUAUUAUUGAUGAGAAAAGACUUUGAAAAAAAAAAUCGGCACGAUACCAAAGGUGAAUUGACUGUUCUUUUUUUUUCUUUUCUUCUUUAUUCGAGAAAAUACCAAAGUUUAUUAAUUAUUAAUUAGGUUUGGGUGAGAAAUAUGCAUCGAAUAUUUAUCAGCAGGAUCAGUUGUCCCUCUAUAUAUAUGUCGUGAUUAAUUUAUGCAAGUUUCGACUAACAUAUCUUUCCAGGGUGCAUUUGACCCGCCGUCUGUUUAAACAUAAUUAAUAUCAAAGCGAAAUUAUAGUGAAGAUAUAUUAAUAUAAAAUCUAUGAUAUACUAAUGUGCCAACAAUACCUUCAAAAUUGCAAGGGAAUUAGGUCUUUUACUAUUUACACUGAACGUAGAUAGAAAUGCGUCAUAUCUUAAAAAAAAAAAAAAUAAUAAUAACACGAUGUCAUAAUUUCUUGACAGUGGGCGUCAAAAAUGAAAAUCUAUUGCGUAUUAAAUAUUUAGGAUUUCUUUAAACUCUAAUGCAUGGAUUUUUUUUGUCUCGUACAUUAAGGGGGAAAGAACUCUGGGAAAGGAAAUAUUUUCAUCUAAUCUAUUUUUCUUUUUUGCAAUUUAUAUUGUAAGGUGUACAUAAUGAAGUACCCGUAAGAUGAGGGAUAGAAACAACUGACUUUCGUAGAAAAAAAAAAAAGAAGGAAUAAUUGUGAGCGUAAAUCUAACGUUGUUUUGCAAUUUGAUUGUAAACAUGAUUGUGUUAUUUAAGAAACUUUAUGUUUUAUAAAUGUUGACCUCGAGCUUUUGUUAAAGAGGAAUUCACUUUAUUUUCUGGAAAAUAAAAAUUUUUCACGCACAAAAUUAAUGUCUUUUUCACAAAAAUUCGUAUAUAGAUGUGUAUAUUUCAAGAUUAAAGUGAAUUCCUCUGGACGGUGAUGUUCAGAUUGUAAUUUGAUUAUAAAAAAAAUAGCGGGCCUGAUGUUUUGUUAUUAAAAUUUUUUUAGGGAAUAACUUGGUAUGUAAGACAGUUAUAUUUAAGUUGAUUUUUGAUUAUGGGUUAAUUUGCAUUUGAGCCGGCAGCUGAUGGAGCUCAAGUUAAUUUUCCUGGCGCUGUGAAGAAACUACUUUGAUAUGCGAAUUUACUUUCGAGAAGGCUGAUUUUAUAAUUUUUAAAUAUCAGUUUAAUUAAGGCAAUGAAAUUUAUUUCUAUUUUUUCUUGACUUUUAUUCCUAAUUUAGAGGAAUCGACUGAUUAGACUGUCUUUGAUUGGUUUAAAGUUUUCUUAUAUUGAUGUGAUAUUAACGUACCAAAGAAACAUUGGAAAAUCGUGUACCUUCUCAGACCUAAUUUUGACUUUAAACGGUACGGUAAUUAUUAUUUUUUAAUUUUUUCUCUUUUAAAAUACAAAAUUAUUUAAUUUGCCUACAUUUUUUUUUCAUUUAAAUCGUUAAUUUCUUCAAAACUAUCGGGUCUGAGAAUGAGUUUAUAAUUUUUUAAGAAAAAAAAAAAAAAAAAAAAUUCUUCCAAAUCAAAAAUUUUUUUUUCUCUUUCGAAAACAAACAAAAAGAAAUAGAAAACGUAACAGAAUGAACUAUGGAAGGAAAGAGAUCAUUUAAAAAAAUAAGAAAAUAUAAAAAAAAACAAUACGUCUUCGAAUCGAAAGCUUAGGAAAUUUAAUUAUGAGAAAUUGUCGAAGAUAGGUGAGAAAGACUACUUAGAUUUAUUUUUAUUAUGUCUUCAAAAAGACUUUAAAUAUAAUAUUUAUAUUGUGCCAUAACUAAUAUUAACGAACCUUAAGUAUAAAGUAAUUGUUAUGAAAGUUUUUAAAUUUAUCGAAUGGGAAAAUUGCAAAAAAAAAAAAAAAAAAAACACAGGUAUCGCUACUGUCUAUGGGUGUAACUAAUUGUACUAUAAUUAAGAAGUACGCGUCGUCUGAUAAGUCAACUGCAUCAUCACGUUUACAUAUAUUAACAAGAGAAAUUAGAGUUUAAAAAUCAUCCGUUUACACUCUUCAUCUAUCAACUUCCAUAUCAUGUUUUUCCUUAUAUCAGAAAUAACUAAAUCGUAUCACUGAUUUAAUGGUUUGUUUUACUUGUUGUAGAAAGUAUGUGUUUUACUCAAUUAAUACAUAUUAUGUAACAAUACGCAGGGUAAUUGUGCGGAAAUUUCUUUUUUCUUUAUAUAUAUAUAUAAAACCAAAGGCAAUUAUUGAAAAAAUAAUUACUAAAUAAAGAGAAAAAAAUAACAUAUCAAAAUUAAAUUGAAUUCUACAACAAAUAAUUAUACAAUUUAAAAAAUUAAAUCAGUUAAAAAUAUUUUUUUGCUAAAAAAACGAUUAGUUGUUUCUUUUACUUUGAUGUACAAACAACAAACAACCGUAUUGUCCUGUCAAAAUGACAUAAGCGAGAUUUUGAAAGGAUCCUGAUCCUAAUAAGAAAAAGGGUAGAAAAGGCAGAAAUGCUCUAGUAUUUUAAUUACACGUAUCGUCAAGUGUUUAGUGAGAGAGAGAGAAAAAGAGAGAAUGAGUGAGAAAAUGAGAGUGAGAGACAGAGAGGUGAAAGGAGAGGAUGAAUUUGCAAGGAUCAAAUUUUAAUGAUCAAAUUUAUCAUACAAUUAUUUCCAUGUCUUCAGCGUACUUUCUUGUAAUAUAGUGUAUUGUGUAUAAUUAUAGCUGUUUCGACAAACCUUAUUUAGACAAAAAAAAAAAAAAAAAAAACAACUCAUUGUCAAUGAAAAUCGUAAAUUACGAUAAAAAGAAAAAAAUUGCUUUCCUUGAAACCUCUCUUUCAAAACUUUUGUACAUUAUUUCUUCGCACGAUCAUACCACACUUUGAAUCAUAUUCACAAAAUCAUCACUUUUUUCGUUCACGUAUAUAGUAUAAAACUCCAAUCGGAGAAACACCCUUUUGUCGCGUGCAUAUAUAAAUAUUACACCUAGAUUAUUAAGAUCAUCGAAAAUAGAAUGUCACGUAUUAAUUACUGUUUACGUUUUAUCACGAUUAUGUUUUAAUUUUAAUUAUUGAUUCCUUAUCAUUCAAUUGAGGGGUAGUUCAAUUUUAGUUGGUAUACAUGUACGAUAUAGAGACUAUGGGUCAAUGGCACGUUAUGUUAAUUUUUAUGUACAUACGUAUACAUAUUAUAUAUUAUAUAUUAUAUAUAUAAAAUAGGCCUAUUUUCUAAGGUGUCUCAUUGGUUCUUUAUUAUUAAUAUUAUUAUUAUUAUUAUUAUUAUUAUUAUUAUUAUUAAUAUUAUUAUUAUUAUUAUUAUUAUUAUUAUUAUUAUUAUUAUUAUUAUUAUUAUUAUUAUCAAGUUACAUUACGUCCGCUCUCGAAGUGAUUGUUGAAAUAUGUUUAUUAUGGAACUUAACUUUUAAUUAUUAUUAUAAAUUUUAUCAUAAUUUCGGAUUUUAAUUUUUAAAAAUUGUUUAAAACCAACGACGCGAAUAUUUUCGAGACAAAAAUUGUUUUAUUAUUAUUAUUUUAAUAUCUAAUUAUAUUGUUUCGUGUUCUUUCGUCUCGAUGAAUGUUCUGCCUUGUUGGCAAAUUAUUAUUUUUUUUUUCUUUUCUUCCUUUUUGUCAUGGAUCAUAAAUUCCAUGACUUUGAUGGAAUCAGUUUUAACCCCGCAUUUAAGUGAUAUUUUUCCCCCACUCAUUAAAAAGCAGGAAGACAACUAAAUAAGAGAUAAAGCCGGCUGUAGACAAUUUGGAAAAAUCCCUAUAUUUUAUUAUAUCGUGUUUAAAAAAAAAUUUUUUCUAUUUUUAAAGUAAAAAAAUAUAUGUCUUCAAAUGAUUUAAAUAUUAAAUAUAAAAAGAUUAAAUUGUUUAUUUUAUAAAUGAAAAUAUUUUUUAUAUUCAUUUUCUCUUUUUUUUUUAUUGUAAAUAAAAUUUCGAGAUUUUUUCGAUUUAAAAAAAAAAGUCACAGUCCGACAAAUUUAUAAUGUAACAAAGUGCAACACGCUGCCUUGCUGAACAGUACAAGUACAAAACGAAUACAAAUACAUAAAACAUGUCUUCGAUUUAAAGAAAAAGAAAGAAUUUCUGGUAGUUAAGGUAUCAAAAAUUGUUAAUGGUAAGGUAAAUAAAAAAAAAAAAAUAAAAAAAAAAAGAAAGCAAAGAAAAUCUCCGGUAGCAACGCCGUAUGCGUUCUUCACAAAUAUACCUCAGUUGCCGAGACCUCAGAACCUGCGCAUUGUCUGUACUUCAGUUUGUUCAUUACAAAUUUCGACCAUUUUUCACUUUUUCAAAAUGAUAGAAAAAUGUCUAGUGAAAAAACUCGUUUAAUUUUUGCAUAAAAUUGAUAAAUUUUUAUUAAAUGAAAAAAAAAAAAUAAAAGUGAAAAAUGGUAGAAAAAUAAAAAUAUUAUACUAUGGUGGUAAUUGCGAAGUUGGCUGGAAGCAUUUUGUACAAGUUAAUAAAAUUAGUAUGGACGUCGAUCGUUCCCUCAUCGAUAAUGAAAGUAAAAAUUAAUUGAUUUUAAGAAGAAGAUCGUCUACUUAUGUAUUUAACACUGCCAAAAGAUCAAAGCAAUGUCCGAUGAACUUUGCCUGCGAUCGAAACUCAAAAACUUGUCUUCGCAAUCCACUGCUAAAUAAAAAAAAAAUCAGAUGUAGUUUCUCUAUGUAUAUGUCCAUAUUUCUCUUGUAAUAGUGAUCAUUCUCUGAGGUCCGGCAAUAACAGAUUCUCAUCUUUAAGCUACAAUAGUUGUUGUACUUACGUCUCGUAUUUUAUCAAACACUGUCUGGACAAUUUUCCAUCAUGAUUGUUUCUUGUACCACUAAAAAUAUAUCUCGACAAUUUCUAUAACAAAAGUAUGAGAGUAGGGAAAGGAAGAAAAGAAUAAAAGUCUAUUAUUAUCAAAAGAAAAAAAAAAUUGAUCUCAAUUUCCGAGAAACAAACGUGAUUCUAAGGUUGCAAUUAAUGUUUGAAGACCUUAAAAAAUGUUUCUGGAAAUGAAAUAUUUAUUUUUUGUUGGUACAAGUCUGAAUCCUGUUGGAAACAGCAGUCGCCAUAUAAUAUUAUAUUUUACAGAAUAUAAAUAUAUUGUUCCGUUAUCGCAAUUAUCAUUCGUGUAACAUACUCAAGCGGUUAAUUAAUUAACGAUCAAGAUUCUUAAGUGAGCUUUGUAACAAUCAGCUUCUGCCAGAUGUCCAUAUAAUUCUAAUGACUCAUUAAUCGCCUGCCGUCGAGGUUCAUUGAUUGAGAAUCACUGAACGCAUAAAUCUGCCGGUUUUUUUUUGUUUCUCGACAAAAACAGACUGCCUCGACUGUCUUCAUUAAAUAAUAUCGAGUAGAGACUGGAUUUUAUAUCAUUGUGGCGAUAAGGAUUCUAUAUUUUCUAAGAGAUUUCCCUUAUUCAAAACUAUACGCGUCCAGUCUCCACUCGGGGAGAAACAGCAAUUUUUGAUCGCAAUAGCCACUUUUUUAUAUAGAAACAUAUUGUAUAAUCGAGCAUUCCAAGUAUCGGCGAAAGAAAUAUGAAAUAGAAUGAUGUUGGUUCAAAGUUGAAAAUUAUUAGGAGAACACAAAAUCCGUGAAAUAAAAAAAAAUAAAUAAUAAAAGAAGAAAGAAAAUGGCGCUUAUUAUAUAAGCAUGCACGUUUAGUGCUGCGACUUUUACGAAGUGGUGAGAGACAAUUAGUUGAACGCGGCGAUAGGCAUGGAUCGUAUUCCGUGCCUGCAUCUUUAGGCUAUUAUAACAAUUAUACGAUAUUAUAAUUAAUAUAUAUAUAUUAUAUAUAAUUAUAUAUUAUUAAAAAUAAGUGUUUAUUCGCAUUUUUAACAUGAUAAGGAAUUAUUAUUAUAAAAAUUCAAUAAUAGUUGUUGGUGUAAUAUUAUAAAAUAAAUCUUUAACGAUAUA